AAACCACCACCAAUUCCCCCCCCCCCCCAAUUUCUCCCUCCCUUCCUCUCUCUCUCUCUCUCCCCCUCUCCCUCUCCCAGCCAUGAACCGCCGAUCUAGAUCCCUUCACCGCCGGUCCUCCCCCAACCGGUCGCCCGAGCCAUUUCUCAAAUACCUAAAGCCCGGCGCGCUCGCUCAAAUCCGAGACUCCCGAAUCAGCAGGGCCAGAUCGCACCAGCUCAAUUGGCUCUCUCAGGUCCGUGUAUCGCCGCCGUUGUCUCCGGUGUCCGACGCAGGUCUUCCCAUGGUCAACGCGAUGGAGGGAUUUCCUUGCUUCUCGGGUCGGAUCUUCGGCCCCAGAUGCCCCCAGAGGAAGAAGCUCGCGGCCACCAAGUCCGUUAUGUUCCUCAGCCCCUCGAGCCCGGUUCACGACUCGCCAGAUCCGAUAAUCGAUCUGUUUAGUACGGACAUUCUUGCUGCACAUUGAAUUGGAAAUUGUAGAAUGUUCUGUUGAACCCUUGUUGUAGAUUAGGUUUUUUAAUUUGUAGUUUGUGGUAGUACCUUGGUGGAGAAUUGCUUAAGAUACAGCUGAGAUUAUUAAUAAAAUUUACUGAAAAGUUUCGUAACA